UAAGAAUGUCGAGCCUGCGUGAGACGGUACUUCCCACAGAGGAAGAUCUUCGAAAGGAACAGCAGGCCAUACUUGGAAUGAAGUUUUUGGAAAUCAUUUGGAGCUUAAUCUGUUGCGCAGUUCAUGGCGUUGGUAUCCUAGAUGAAUCCGAACCGUUUCCUCACGAAAUGCUCUUCUGUGGCACAUAUUGGACAUUCUCAUUCACUUCAAUAUUCUGGUUCCUUUUCAUUCACUACGGCUGUUGUGAGAUCAAUUACAUUUCUGAGGCGAUUGUCUCUCUGUUCGGAUUCGUGUCGUUUGCUGUGUGCGGUUUUAUUGCAAUGUAUCAUGUGGAGAAGGAUGUCCACAUGCAGUACUUCAGUGAUAAGGAGGAAUGGUAUCACAAAUUCUUCAUCAUGAGCCGACUGGAAAGUAUAUUCUCUAUGCAGGCUUCGGGAUUAUUUUUAAUGCACGGAAUGUUCAUGUUGGAUGUGCUGGGUGUGCUAGACAAAAUUUACAGUGGGACCGAAUCUUUGGCAAGUGGACUCACAAUCGAUAGCAAGGAUAUGGAAGCUUAUCAACGUUUGCGCUUAAAUCCGUUCUGGGUUCCACUGUAUCGGUGGAUAAUUUCCACUUUCUGUAGGUGUUGCAAGUGCUUUCAAAGAUCUGAGGAAUCUCAAAACACUGCUCUUUAAACAAAUAAUAUUGGACGCUGUAAACAUGCACUGAAAAUAACAGUGGAAGUUUGAAGAUA